AUCAUGAGUCUCCUGGGGCGGGUAGCUGUGCAUCGUGCCAGGAAAGCCGCCCUGCUCUGUGUAGUCUUCCUGAUGGCGCGAGCGUGGAGCAGCGCCUCCCUGGCCUUGGCGGGGGCGGCGGUGUCUCAGGGACCCCAGGGCUGUCCACCUCAGUGUUCCUGUAGUAAUCAGCAGGGGAAGGUGGUGUGCACUCGACGUGGCCUCACCCGUGUGCCCCCCGGCAUUCCUGCCAACACGCGACACCUCAAUCUAAUGGAAAACGCCAUUGAGGCGGUGCAGGCUGACUCCUUCCGCCACCUGCACCACCUUGAGGUGCUCCAGCUUGGGCGAAAUGCCAUACGGCAGAUUGAGGUGGGCGCGUUUAAUGGACUCACCAGCCUCAACACACUGGAGCUGUUUGACAACCGGUUGACGGUGGUGCCCAGUGGGGCCUUUGAGUACCUGUCUAAACUAAGAGAACUGUGGCUGAGGAACAACCCCAUUGAAAGUAUACCCUCCUACGCCUUCAACCGGGUGCCCUCUCUCAUGCGACUGGACCUGGGCGAGUUACGGAAACUGGAGUACAUCUCAGAAGGAGCGUUUGAGGGCCUACAAAACCUCAAGUACCUCAACCUGGGCAUGUGCAACAUAAGGGGUGAUAUGCCAAACCUGAGUCCGCUCAAGGGCCUGGAGGAGCUAGAGAUCUCUGAAAAUCACUUCCCAGAGAUAAAGCCAGGCUCUUUCAAAGGCCUGCGCUCACUGAAAAAGCUCUGGGUGAUGAACUCACAAAUCACAGUGAUAGAGCGCAAUGGUUUUGAUGACCUUUCUUCGUUGGUGGAGCUUAAUCUUGCCCAUAACAAUCUGAGCGCUGUGCCACACGACCUGUUCUCCCCGCUCAGGUACCUGGUGGAGCUCCAUCUCCACCAUAAUCCUUGGAACUGUGGCUGCGAGGCUGUAUGGUUAGCACGCUGGCUAAGGGAGUACAUCCCGACUAACUCGACUUGCUGUGGACGCUGUCACGCACCUGUCAGCAUGAGAGGGCGACAGCUGGUUGAGGUGGACCGAGGGGAGGGUGCUGCAACCCAAUGUUCUGCACCAUUCAUUGCUGAUGCACCAAGGGACCUGAACAUCUCAGCGGGGAGAGUGGCUGAGAUUCGUUGCCGCACAGCCCCAAUGUCUUCAGUGCGCUGGCUCCUGCCCAAUGGGACUAUCCUGACACAUGCCUCCAGUCAUCCGAGAAUAUCAAUCCUGAAUGACGGCACCCUGAAUUUCUCAAAUGUCCUGGCUGUAGACACUGGCACUUAUACCUGCAUGGUGUCCAAUGCAGCAGGGAACUCCAACGCUUCGGCCUAUCUCAAUGUGAGUGCAGCUGAGCUUAACACAUCCAACCUGAGUUACUUUACCACAGUGACUGUGGAGGUCUUGGGGCCAACCACUGAGAUGCCCAAACCAAGAACCACCUCGACUACAGCUGCUGCAUCAGGGGCUGGGGUGGCUGGAGGAGGAGGAGGGGUAGGCCCAGGGACAACAACUACAACUGCCUCCCCUUCCGUCUUUCAGCCAGUCUUCAUCUCCACACCAACUGUGCUGCUGCAAAGCACCAACAGCCCUCCAGGUGCAGCUAAGACAUCUGUGGCGCCAGGACUCCAAGGUGCGACUGGCAAACCAGGCAGGUCUGGCCCUAGCCUGGAUGAAGUGAUGAAGACGACUAAGAUCAUAAUAGGCUGCUUUGUAGCAGUGACACUGAUGGCUGCCGUCAUGCUCAUCGCCUUCUAUAAAUUGAGAAAGCGCCACCAGCAGAGGAGCACAGUGGCAGAUGCUCGCACUGUGGAGAUUAUCCAGGUGGAUGAGGAGGACCUUCCUCCGCCAGCGUCUGCAGCUCAAGAGACGGCUCUCACAUUGCCUGAAAUCCGGGACCAUAACAGCAUACACAAACUGGACUUUAUCAGCCACAAGACUGACUAUAGCUUUCACAAACCCAAGGUCGAAUACAAACCCCAGCCUGAUUUCACCCUUCAUAAGCCGAAGGCUGAGUAUACCACAUACAAGCCAAAUAUGGACUUCAGCAGCCACAAAUACAUCCCAGAUUACAGCACCCACAAAUCUACAACAGAUUUUAGCCUUCAUAGACCAAAGCCUGACUACAGCCCAUUUAGACAGGACUACAACCCUCACAAACCUAAAGCAGAAUACAGCCAAUUCAAACCAGAUUUUGGCACUCACCCAAAAACUAAACCAGACUACAGCCCCUUCAAACCAGAUUAUGGCACUCAUCCUAGGCAGAAAACAGACCUCAGCCCAUUCAAACGAGAUUACAGCACCCAACCAAAACCUAAACAUGACUACAGCCCAUUAAAAUCGGAAUACAACACACAGCAUAAACCUAAGGCUGAAUACAGUCCAUUCAAGCCAGACUUUGGCACUCAUCCAAGACCUAAACCUGAAUACAGCCCAUUUCAGACUGACUACAGCACUCAACCCAAACCCAAAACAGACUACAAUUCCCAGAGAUCUAAAACAGACAGUACCUACAAACCCAAGGACCCUUACUCCACCCAUAUGACUGCAAGUGAUUACAGCGCCUUCAAGACCGACUUCAGUCCCCACAAAGCGGAUUACAGCGCCUUCAAGUCUGACUUCAGUCCACACACUCAGAGACCUAAACUUGAUUACAGUCCCCACAAAGUGGACUACAGCCCCCAUAAAAUGGAGUACAGCACUAUGAAGCCCAAAUAUAACACCUAUAAACCAACUGGCCAUGGGGCUAAAUGGACAGACAACAAUGUUGUGAACUCUUUGCCUCGAACCUUGCCCAGCACCAUCACAGCGAUUGCUGAGCCCUUUGUCAUAAAAACUCACACCAAGGAGAAGGUGCAGGAGACUCAAAUUUAAAAAAGACCCCCCAAAAGGCUCCCACUUCUUCCCCUAGGUUCCUAGCUCACACCCACCCCUUUUCCCCCUUCGUCAUUUCCUCAUAAGAUCAUGCAAUAGAAUGCACAACGAAAAAAAGGACAGGAACUACUUUUUUGUACAGAGUGCAAACUUAAAGACUGAUGAUUUCUUGUUGUACAUGCUUAUAAAUAAAUAUAUAUAUGGACAAAUUGAAACUACCAUGGGCUGGUGAUAGAGAAACAUAUAUUAAAAAGAAAUUGAAACUAUUUUCUAACUUGUAACUUCUAUUUAAAACAAUGAGUUGUUUAAGAUGCUGUCUUGACUUUGACAAAUGAGGGUAGUGUUGUUUUAAAAAGGGGGCAUUCUGUGUGAUUUUUACACCAUGCUACAGAGAAUGCAGUGAUAAGAAAAAAAUAUUUAUACUGAGAAGACUUUCUUUAACAAAAACCGAAAAAAAGGUCAGUGUCGAUCUUUACAGGUUUAUCUUGUAAAAGCACCAAGAAUUUGUACUGUGCCAA